CACAUUUGUCAGUGACAUCAUUCUCAUCAGGUAACAUCACACCAGUGGCGGGAAACUCAACUCUGGAAUGGCACCUCCACUAAGUGCAGCUGAAUCACAACAGCGUUACAGAGCACGUCGUGAUGCUGACCCAGAGAGAAGACAGCAAUACCUGGAGAACGGGAGAGAAAAAUGGAAAAGGGACAGAGAGAAAGGCAUACAUACUGGUAUCAAUGAUGUCAGUGAGAGAGAGAAAAGGGCAAAGAGGAAGAAAUGGAGAGAGGCAAAGAGAGCAACCAGGGCCAAAGCCAGGAGAUCACAGGACACUCCCCCUGCAACUCCAGACAAUCAGCCAGAGACAGGAUCAGGGCCUCCAAGGCAACGCCGUCAAGGUGAAAAAAGAACAAGAAUUGGAAGGAGAAAGCUUCAACGAGACAUGGCCCUUUUAAAAGCCCAACUGGAUAGAGAAAUAAGAAGCAAGGAAAAGUGGAAAAAAAGAUACUCCAGGUGUAAGACCAGCUCCUCAUCCCCACGUGCAGUAGUGAAUAGGAUGCUACAAAAGCAGAAGGUCACUCCACAUGUCCGCAAGACCCUUACUUUUCACUCUGCCUUAGUUGCAGACAUUGCUCAGGCUUACAAAACCUCAAAAAGAGAAACGGUGAAGCAAACAAUAGCCAAAGUGACAUGUGGUAAGCUAUUAAAAAAAUACAGACUGCAGUCAUUCGCCUUUAGCGCACUUGGAUUCUCCAAGAAGAGGGGGAAGUCAUACGGAGAUGCAGAGCUGACCAGUUUUCAGAGAAAGAAGAGUUCAAGGAGAGCGGAGAGUAAAGCCAGUAUCCGUACCUUCUUUCUUCGUGAUGAUGUGAGUCGUAUGACAACUGGGCGCAAGGAGACCAUUACUGCGAGGAAGAGGAAGAUGCAGAAGCGGCUGCUUACUGACACAUUGAAGAAUCUUCAUAGGAGAUUUGCAUCUGAAAGUUCAGACAACGUCUCAUACUGUCUGUUUUGUUCAUGUCGGCCAUUUUUGGUCGUAACCCCGACUGAUGCUGAUCGGGCCACAUGCCAGUGCAAAACGCAUGAAAACCUCCAGUUCAUGGCUGACACCCUCUACAGCCGAGGGCUUGUGGAUUCCAAGAACCUUGAGGAGAUGGCUGACCGCACUGUCUGUGCCACAGGAAUCAAAAUCUGCGCCUAUGGUGACUGCGGAGAGUGUAAGCACACCGCUUACCCAACCUUAAAAGCAGCCACAAUGGAAACAAUACAAGUUGUACAAUGGUUGGUUGAAAAGAUAGGUGAGGAAGAAAAGAAAACCAUUACCAUUAAAAAGGAGAUGCAGACCACUGAAGCAGACUUGAUUGACAAUUUCCAAGAUUGUCUCUUCAAAUUCCGCAAGCACCUAUUCAACAUCAGGUGGCAAUAUGGUGCUUAUAGACAACUAAGGGAAAGCCUCCAAGCCAAUGAGUGCCUCAUUCACAUUGACUUCAGCGAGAAUUACUCCUGCAAGUAUCAUAAAGAGAUCCAGUCUGUGCAUUUUGGGGGAUCCCACCAGCAGGCAACGCUGCACACUGGUGUACUGUACACCAAUGGACAGACAGUACCAUUCUGUUCAAUCUCGCCCUCACGACGACAUGACCCACCAGCAAUAUGGGCCCACAUGGAGCCUGUCCUGGCGAUGGUCAAGACCAAGUACCCAGAAGUGGAGAGGCUUCACUUCUACAGCGAUGGCCCAGCAACACAGUACAAACAGAAGGGCAACUUCUACCUCCUGUCUUCUGAGCCAUUCAGGCAGGGUUUCAAAGACCUGUCAUGGAAUUUCUUUGAGGCCAGCCAUGGCAAAGGAGCUCCGGAUGGCAUCGGAGGGACACUGAAGCGGUCAGCUGACCGGAUUGUCCGCUUGGGAGAAGAUGUUCCAGAUGCCUUCACUCUAUUCCAAAAACUGAAGGGGCUAGAAUCGACAGUGCAGCUCUUCUUUGUCAGUGAAGAUGAUGUUGAAGCAAAGACAGAGGUACCUGCUCUGACUCCUAUUAAGGGCACAAUGAGGAUGCAUCAGGUAAUUAGCCUCAUACCUGGGCAAAUCAAGUACAGGGACAUCAGUUGUUUCUGUCAGAGGCUGGAUGGUCAACUGGAUUGUGCCUGCUUCGACCUUAAAGUAGCUACUCUGGAUGGAGUUCCAGUGCCGCCCCCAACACAGACACCCCCAACACAGACACCCCCAACCGAGAACAGAGAGACCCCAUGGCGACCAGAGGAGGUUGACAGCAAGUACAUUGGAGAUUGGUGUGUUGUCAAGUAUGAUGAUGACGUGUACCCUGGAAUCAUCAUGGAUGUCGAAGAGCAUAGCAUUCGGGUGAAGUGCAUGCAUCGCAAUGGGGUAAACAAAUUCUGCUGGCCAAGUCCACGCGAUGAUGUCAGCUGGUAUGCAGAUGACCAACUUCUCUGUCUUAUACCAGAGCCACAAGCACUCAACAAGCGCUCUGUCCAACUGGAGAAGUCCACAUGGAAAUACAUGGAAGACCACUAUGUAAACUAGAAUGUGACUGUUGGAGACCAUAGGUCAUUCAAAAAGGUUUUCUUACUGGUUCAUUGUUAGCCGAUGUUCCUGUUUCUUUGGGUUCUGGCUCCACAGAAAUUCUCCAGCUGUUCCUCCUGGGGCUUCUUGUGUUUUCUUACCUCUGUGGGGUUUAGACCUGUCUGGUCAUGUUACUGGGCUGUUUCCUCAGGGUAUGCCCAAUCCAGCCUAAUUUCCUGCAAUUCUGUUUAAUGGUUCCUGUUUUGUGAUUCGCCAGAGCGGUGGUUAUUUUGUAGAAAUGUGUAAUUUACCCAAGAAAAUGAACAGAAAAUUAAAUAUUUGGAAAUCUAUGUUC